UGGCGCGGGAUAGCGGCAGCGGCAGCAGAGGCGGCGGCGGCGGCGGGGGCGGCGGCGGCGGCGGCGGCGGCGGCGGCGAGGGCAGCGGCAGCGGCGCGUGCAAGCGCCCGGGCGCAGCGGGGAAAAUGACUAUUGGCUCUGGAACUCUACUUGUGCUGCUGUCGGUCUACGGCUCGCUCCGGGCCCACAGUGGGAAUCUUACAGCCAGAGCAGCCUGCAAACCGGGUUUCUCCGAAGAAGCUUACACUGCAUUAAUCUCCCAAAAUGUUCUGCAAGGAGAGAAGUUACUUAAAGUAAAAUUCAGCAGCUGCAGCAGUACCAAGGGAGUGCAAUAUGAGACCAACAACUUGGAUUUCAAAGUGGGGCCUGAUGGGACAGUCUUUGCUGCCCGGGAGAUGCAACUCCCCCCUAGACAGAUUGCAUUUGUGGUGACUGUAUGGGACUACCAGCCCAUGGAGAGAUGGGAUGCAAUAGUCCGACUAUUGGUAGGGGAAAAGAUCUUUCCCCACUCUGUUCAUAAGCAAAAAGGGAAGAAGAGUACAUCACUGGAAAUUAUGCAGCCACCAAAUGAUAUGCUGUUACCCUGGCCCCAACAUCAGAAUUCCAAUGGACUGAGAAGACAAAAGAGGGACUGGGUCAUUCCACCAAUCAAUGUCCCAGAAAAUUCCCGUGGUCCUUUCCCACAACAGCUUGUGAGGAUUCGAUCAGACAAGGAUAAUGAUAUUCCCAUCCGAUACAGCAUCACUGGAGUUGGGGCUGACCAACCACCCAUGGAAGUCUUCAACAUUGAUUCUAUGUCAGGUCGUAUGUAUGUGACUAGACCCAUGGAUAGAGAAGAACGAGCCUCCUACCAUCUUAGAGCCCAUGCAGUGGACAUGAAUGGAAACAAGGUGGAGAAUCCUAUUGACCUCUACAUCUAUGUGAUCGAUAUGAAUGACAACAGGCCAGAGUUUAUAAACCAAGUCUACAAUGGAUCUGUGGAUGAGGGUUCCAAACCAGGUACUUAUGUGAUGACAGUGACAGCCAAUGAUGCUGAUGACAGUACCACUGCCAAUGGCAUGGUGAGGUACCGCAUUGUGACUCAGACCCCUCAGAGCCCAUCUCAGAAUAUGUUCACAAUUAACAGUGAAACGGGAGACAUUGUCACUGUUGCAGCUGGACUGGACCGAGAGAAAGUUCAGCAAUACACAGUCAUCGUUCAGGCCACAGAUAUGGAAGGAAACCUUAACUACGGCCUCUCAAACACUGCGACAGCCAUCAUUACAGUGACAGAUGUGAAUGACAACCCACCCGAAUUCACCACGAGCACUUAUGCUGGUGAAGUCCCAGAAAACAGAAUAGAAGUUGUGGUAGCCAACCUCACUGUGAUGGACCGAGACCAGCCUCAUUCUCCCAAUUGGAAUGCUGUCUACCGUAUCAUCAGUGGAGACCCAUCUGGACAUUUUAGCAUCAGAACAGAUCCUGUUACCAAUGAAGGAAUGGUCACUGUUGUAAAGGCUGUUGACUAUGAAAUGAACAGAGCUUUCAUGCUGACUGUGAUGGUAUCCAAUCAAGCACCCUUGGCCAGUGGGAUCCAGAUGUCCUUCCAGUCCACUGCAGGGGUGACCAUCUCCGUCAUGGACAUUAAUGAGGCUCCAUACUUUCCUUCCAACCACAAACUGAUCCGUCUAGAGGAGGGUGUUCCCAUGGGAACAGUGUUGACCACAUUUUCUGCUGUGGACCCUGACAGAUUCAUGCAGCAGGCAGUAAGAUACUCCAAGCUGUCCGAUCCGGCAAACUGGCUGAACAUUAAUGCCACGAAUGGUCAGAUCACUACUGCGGCUGUCCUUGAUCGAGAGUCUGUCUACAUUAAGAAUAAUGUCUACGAGGCCACGUUCCUGGCGGCUGACAAUGGGAUUCCCCCAGCCAGCGGCACAGGGACGCUGCAGAUCUAUCUCAUAGACAUCAAUGACAAUGCCCCAGAACUGCUGCCUAAGGAGGCCCAGGUGUGCGAGAAGCCCAACCUGAACGUCAUCAACAUCACAGCCGCCGAUGCUGACAUCGAUCCCAAUAUUGGCCCCUACGUCUUUGAGCUACCCUUCAUGCCAUCAGCCGUGCGGAAGAACUGGACCAUCACCCGGUUAAAUGGUGACUAUGCCCAGCUCAGCUUGCGUAUCAUGUACCUCGAGGCUGGAGUGUAUGAUGUUCCCAUCAUUGUCACAGACUCAGGGAACCCACCUCUGUCCAACAUGUCUAUCAUCAAAGUCAAAGUGUGCCCCUGUGAUGAGAACGGAGACUGCACCACCAUUGGUGCAGUGGCUGCCGCUGGCCUGGGCACUGGGGCCAUCAUUGCCAUCCUCAUAUGUAUCAUCAUUCUGCUAACUAUGGUUCUGCUGUUUGUGGUAUGGAUGAAACGCCGGGAGAAGGAGCGGCAUACUAAGCAGCUUCUCAUUGAUCCUGAGGAUGAUGUUAGAGACAACAUCCUGAAGUACGAUGAGGAGGGAGGAGGCGAGGAAGACCAGGAUUAUGAUCUAAGCCAACUUCAACAACCAGAGACAAUGGACCACGUAUUAAACAAAGCACCAGGUGUGAGGCGGGUGGAUGAGAGGCCAGUGGGAGCUGAGCCCCAGUACCCCAUCAGGCCAGUUGUACCUCAUCCUGGAGACAUUGGCGACUUCAUCAAUGAGGGGCUGCGAGCUGCAGACAAUGACCCCACAGCACCCCCCUAUGAUUCCCUGUUGGUCUUCGACUAUGAAGGAAGUGGUUCCACAGCCGGUUCAGUCAGCUCUCUGAACUCUUCCAGCUCUGGAGACCAAGACUACGACUAUCUCAACGACUGGGGACCCAGGUUCAAGAAACUUGCAGACAUGUAUGGAGGGGGCGAUGAAGAUUAACUGACCUCACAUUCUUAGAACAAAAUCGAAAAAAGCGAAUGGACAGCAGAGAAGCAAGAGCUGUACAAAAGUGGCAGCUUUUUUAAUUACUUCCCCCUGCUGACUGUAUUAUUUUAGUGGUGAGUUAGGAGUUACUUUGAUUAUUUUUUUUCCCAGAACAUUGAGCUGUCUAGCAUGAACACUUGUUGUCUCUGCUCCAUUUUUUUUUAAGUGUCAGCAGGGCUAUGGCUCAUUACAAUAUCCGCUUUAUGACUAAGGAGAGUGAAAGGCACUCUGUCUUAACUUGAAUUUCUUAGAACAGAAGUACUGUUUUUAAAAAAAAUUGAAAGUGCCUUUUGGUACAUGUAUCAGAUUCCCUCGAUCUCAGGAGCGAUUAAAAACAAACAAAAGUUUCGACCAUCAUGAGCAGCACUCUCUCUGACCCCAAGCUAGUUCUGGCUCUGAAGGAAUAAUGAAGGAACCAUGGAGAUUGUUUCUGGUUUUUAUUUUUGGGUGGUUUUUUUUUUCUUUUACAUUUUUUAAAGAAAAAAUAAAUCAAUAAAAAGUAAAUGACUUGUUUCACAAAACUAAAAAAACAAAAACACAAAACAUAUUUUGGGUGAAAAUCUGAACAGCCAUUCUUUAGUACUCCGAAGGUGGUGGAUUAGUGAUCCUUGCCAUUUAUAGUUCAGUGUUAACAUGUGUGCUUUUCACUUCUCCCCUGGCCACAAUUGAGGUAGCCACAUAAAACUGCAAGGCUGAUUCGCCUUGGGCUAUGGGCUCCUCUGGAAAGUCUCCACUAGGCCUGGUGAAAAUUCUCUACCCAUACAACCACCAAAAGACCAAAGGAACAUCUCUUUGUGUUCUGCCCUCCACAGGUUUCUGGCUGCCCCCAGGCUACCGAGUCCCGGAACUAAAUCCUGGCCAGCUACAUGUUGCUGUCAGGCAUCUUCACUGAUGUAUAGACAUUCCCUAGGACAGAUACUGCUUUUUUAUCACUUUAACAUUUCACAGGGACCUCACCCACCACCUCCCCACUCAGUGUCAAAGAUGUAGCCUGGCUUCAUUAGCCCAUCACCCUCACUUCUGUCUCCCUCGCCUAGUAGAGUAUUCCUGUUCCAAGCACCAACAGCCAAAGCCAGACAACACCAUGUAAACCAGCUAGUGUGUGUCCCCACUAUCCAGUGGGGUGUCUGACACUGCUCACUCUAAUCAAGUCCACGGGGGACAGUGGCAACCGUAGCUGAAGGCAUGCUCACUCUGUGGUGUGUGCUCCUGGCUGUGCUCCAAGAAUGCCAACUUAGCGAAAGGUUUUGUAGCAUCAAGAAAACUGAACCUCAGAAUUAGAAAUGGUAGUAACUACCUAGUUUGUAUGUAAGGUCCUUUUAAACCAAAAAGAAAUAGCCAUUAGAUUUGAAAACAACAUUUUCCCCCUUUACUGAUUCGGACUUGUGGGUUUCUGUCUUAAUGUCUGUGAGAUGAUUCACCUGCAUGGAUACAUGAUACAAACCAUGUUUCUUGGGUUAGAAACCACCUAAGUCCUGUGCUAUGAGUCUCUGGAUAAACUGUGUUGUUUUCUUUUGUUUUGAACAUUCUGCAACUGAGUUUGGGGUGAAUAUGGUAAAACGUGUCAAAGCUCUCUUUUCCUUUAGAUUCCAAGUUUAUGUGUUGUUGUGUCAAAAAGUGACUAUCUGAGGAUGGUGACUUUUUCCAUGAUGAGGAUGAUUCUGAAUGCUAAAUGGUAAAGGAGGGAGAGAGGCAGGGACCCCUCUGUUAGCAAACGGGUCCCACUAAGGAGAACAAUCCUGGGCUGCUAUAGCUUGUAAGUGAUGAACAUGCUCUUUGUACAUUUCCCAUUUCACCAGAUUCCAUCUUCCCUAAGAUGCAACUUCUGGGAACAAAAGAGUGCUUGGAACUAGUGCCGUCUGGACUCCAGAAAGGACAGAAGGAAUUCAAAAUAUGUACUCUUUCCACCUCCCAUUUGUAAUCCAGUGUGGUUUCCCCAUUCACCAUUUGGUUGGUGAGAAGGAAGAAACUUAAAGGGAACUUCCUGAGAAAAUGACAUCAUGAUAGACAAGAACUCAGGAAAUGUCCCCAAAAGGGUUGGUGGGGGGGGACAUCCCUCUAGUGCACCAUGGUAGCUUAAUGGGUUUUGCUAAGUAAUCUGCACUUGGUAGGGAACCCACAGUCCCCAUACACAGCAUCCUUCCCAUCUCUUUCCAACACAGAAACCUCUACACCCACCCUAAGGUGCCUCUUACUUGGAUACUCUCUAGUAUUCUGUUGGCUCUUCCCUACCCCCUAUCAUUUCUUGGAGAAAGGAGUGGUGUGUUGAUUUUCUCAGCCUGUGGCCCUUUUUCCUGUGUUUUCUCCAUUCCUUUAAGGUACAUAUAUGGCAAACAGUAGAGUGUCUCCCAAUUUUAAGUCAUGUUUGUGCCUCACCUUCACCACCCUCACCCCCACUGGCUGUACCUAAGUGCACUGACUGUGGUGUGGAUCAGUAAUUAAUACCCAGAUAGUAUUUCUGUCUCUUCUAGUACUUUCUAGAAUACUUCAGAGAAAAGGAAAUGGGAGCAGUAGGGAUAAAGAGGUAGGAGAUCCCUUUUCAAAUAACUGAGAGUCAGGGUCCCUCCUCUGAUUUAUUUUUUCCCAAGUCCCCAAGGAGAUGUUCUCAUGGAGGUCAAGGGGGAGGGGGGGAACCAGGCAGGUGGUAGGGAGAGCUUCUCUCCCAUCCCACCCCACUCCAGUUCUAAGCCAUGCUAUGCAAACCACUUGAGAUCAGUUAGCCAAUGAGAAUUGUCUGAAACGUUCAUGGGGAUCAGGGAGCAAAAGAGGGAGGGGGGAGGGGGGACUAAUGGAAUUGUUGGUGGGGUUAGGGUUGGUGGAUUGUGAGUUGGGUAGUGGUUGUCAUUUAAAGUUCACCUUUCAGGUAGAAGUUUUUAACCUGAGGACUGUGAAUUAUUUUUAAAUGUGAAUAUGAUUUGUUGACUGAAGCAGGUAUACAUAUUUUUCCCUGAACUUCCCAAGAAUACAAGUCUAGCUCUGGGCUCUCUCCCCCUUGCCACCCCCCCCAUUUCUCUCCCCCUACACACACUCUCCUUCCCCCCCCCCCAAACAGGGACUCUUAAUCUUUUUUUUUGUAUCAUGGACCCCUUUGGCAGUUGGAUUAAAGCCAAUGGGCCCUCCUCAGAAAAACAUUUUUCAAUGUGCAAAAUAAAGCAUAAUUUGUUUUCCUUGAAAUCCCGUGUUGAAAAUAUAGGAUUACAAAAGAAACCAAUUGUACUAAAGUACAGUUAUCAAAAUGUUAAAAAUUCUUAGACCCCCCUGACAACUAUUCACAAAUGGCACAUCAAGAACCCCUCCUCUCUAGAAAAUGCUCCUGAAUUUGGAACAUCAUUCUAAAGAAAAAAGGGAGUGAAAGGUUGGUAAAUGCACCCCUUUGCUCUGUAAAUACUCUGUGGAGAAAGGAAUAAUGUUGCCAAGACCCACUGGCAAUCCCACAUUGCUUGAAGUGACACAUAUACCAGAAUGGAAGAAUAGGAAACUGAUUUAGCCCUUGAAAGGAAAUGAUAUUCAGAGUCCCUUUCACUGACCUUUAAUCUUGUAAUUUAAGAUGAGAGGGGCUUAAGGAGCUGAGAAGAGAGUAUUUUUCCUGCACUUAUUCCUCUGAGCUUGCUUUUUUUCUCUUUGCUUCUUGCCACUGCCAAUGGGCACCAGAGUAUCUCUGUUGUCCACUCACUAAGAAGGCAGAGGGUAUGGGAAUGCAGGAUGGUGAAGGCUUCUUCUCUCUAUUUCAAACUAGCCUAUCUCAACUCCACUAGGGUCCCUAUUUCCUCCCAGAGCAAUCUCCAAACCUAGGCUUGGGCUAGUAAAUUAGCAUUAACCAAUAGUACAAUCCGUGUCAAAAGUCUGUGGAUAGUAGUUUGUAAAUACAAAGUUUCAGUGGAAAAGUGAACCUGAAGCCCAAGAGUCCCCCCAGAGAAAAGCAGAAGCAACUUGCAUGGCAGGGUAUGGGCUCAAGAUUUAGAUUUUGGGGGAGGGGAUUUUUGUUCUGUAAUGAACAAGAUGGUUCAGCUCCAACCAGGAUUGGGUAGAAAACAGAACAGAGACAUUGCUCCUGUUGGCCCUCCCAAUGCACUUGUCCACAAAAGUAUCCUCUCUGUAAUAUCUUUCCGCACAUCCAAAGUGCUUUAAAAAAAAAGUGUCAGAUUAAAAAAAGCCAGGCUUCUGCCCCUCAGAAAUGCCUCCAUUUCCUUAGGGGGAAAGCCUUGCCUGACACUUUCAAUCAGAAAAUAGGACUGGACAACUCAGCUUUUUUUUUUUUCCAAAUCAAGGUAAAAAGACAAAAAAAAAUCUCAAUUUCUGGUGAAGUAAAAAGAAAAAAAAAACUCAAGUACCCAGAAUACCGCCUAAAACUGCUCACUGCAAAAGUGUAUGUAUAUAAUGUAGGUACUGCUCGAUGCUACAAAUCAAGUUGGAGAAAAGCAACAGCAAUGUACAGAAACAGAACGCUUCUUCCUUUUCCUUUCUCUCCUUUUUCUUUCCAUUUGGAUUCUUUUUUCUUUUGCAUGUUUCUUUUGACAAUGGACAAAAUGUGUAGCAGCCUGCAUGAUGGUGGUUGUUUUUGGGCAAGGCGACUGGUGUACAAUGUAUUCACACUGCAGCGCCAAGCAUUGCGCAGUUCAACAAAAGGUCCAACUUUUUUUGUAAUCGUCAACAGCACAACUCUUUUGUAUUGUUGUUUGUACCAUUUUGUACCAAAAAAAAAAGAGGAAAAAAAAGGGAAGAGAGUCAAUGUUUUCAAUGUGUUUUUAGUGCCACUGCGAUCUUGGUUCAAAACUGAGUGACAGCUUUGCCGAUUUCUUGUGUAUGGGAGCAGAGCUGGGUCGUUGGCGCGUUGCUCCAGUAUAAUAAAUAAAGUCCCCCUUUUAAAGAGUC